GCCUGCAUUUUUCAUUCACCUUCCUCAGAACCUUCCUUUACGAACUCUCUUUCUAAACUUUCCUUUCAUAUUUCUUCCCAAAACUCACUCUAAAAAUUUCUCCUUCUAUUUUUGCAAUCUUCAUCACACGCUUUCAUCAUUCCCUAAAGGCUAAGCCUUUUUGUCUUUUUGUUGCCACACCCUUCAGAUCAAAGAGCAGUCACUUUUUUUGGCUUGUUGGCUAUGGCCUAUGUAUGAGAUACAAGUUGGCUCUGGUUGUGGGAUUUCAGUGACUACAACACGCAUCGAGUUCAUGGCGGAUACCAAGCGCUAUGGUCUUGGCAAUCAGUUGGAUAUUGCACAGAUACUCUUAGAAGCAAAACAUCGCUGGCUACGCCCGGCUGAAAUAUGUGAAAUUCUUCGAAAUUAUAAAAAAUUUCACAUUUCUUCAGAGCCUGCAAGUAUGCCACCGGGUGGAUCACUUUUUCUUUUUGAUCGGAAGGUGCUUAGAUAUUUCAGGAAGGAUGGCCAUAACUGGAGGAAAAAAAAAGAUGGAAAGACAGUGAAGGAAGCCCAUGAGAGGCUUAAGGCCGGAAGUGUUGAUGUGUUGCACUGCUACUAUGCCCAUGGAGAAGAAAAUGAAAAUUUCCAAAGACGCAGUUAUUGGAUGCUUGAAGAGGAUCUGCAACACAUAGUUCUCGUCCACUACCGGGAAGUUAAGGGAAAUAGGACAAACUUUAACCAUACUAAGGGAACUGAAGAAGCUGUUCCUUAUUCCCAUGAAACUGAAGAAAUUGCACUCAAUUCUGAGAUGGAAAAUUCUGUUUCUUCUAGUUUCAAUCCAAAUACUUUCCAAAUGCGUUCCCAAGCUACAGAUACAACAAGCUUGAGUAGUGCUCAGGCAUCAGAAUUUGAAGAUGCUGAAUCAGCAUAUGAUCACCAAGCAAGUUCCCGGUUACAACCUUUUCUCGAAUUACUACAGCCUAAGGCUGAGAAGAUCAAUGCUGGAUUCUCUGAUGCAUUCUAUCCAAUGUCGUUUUCAAAUAAUUAUCAAGAAAAAUUGUCAGCCAUUCCUGGGGUGAAUUUUGGCUCACUUACUCAAGCAUACAAGAGGGAAGAUGGUAAUGAUGCUGGUGUUAACUAUGAGCCCACCAAAAAUCUUAACUCUUCGCUAUGGGAGGCUGCCCUGGAAAACAGUGCUACUGGAUUUCAGUCUUUGUCUUUUCAGCCAUCAUUUUCAGCAACACAUUCUGAUACGAUGGGGAUUAUCUCUAAGCAAGAAAAUGGGAUGCUUGGGCACCUUUUCACAGACAGUUUUGAGAAAAAGCAGAUGUGUGAGAGUAAACCAAGGGUCCAACAAGGUUGGCAGACUUUGGAAGAAAACUCAUCAUGUUCAUCCAGCUGGCUUAUGGAUCGGAACUUGCAUUCAAAUACAGUAGAUGAUGUCUCCAGCUUCCAUGAAGGACUCAAUGCUGCUAAUUUACUCAAUUCUCUAGCGCCUUGCCAUAUGAAUUCUGAUAAGACAAAUGAUUAUUCUAUACCAAAUGACCUUCAAAUACAGCCUUCAACCACUGAGCAAGAAUAUUAUCUAAAGUCCAUUUCAAAGAGAAAUGAGACCAUAGAGGGAAAAGCCAAUCACGCUUCUGCUAUAAAGCCUUUGUUAGAUGGCCCAUUCACUGAAGGCUUGAAGAAGCUUGACAGUUUCAACCGAUGGAUGAGUAGAGAACUUGGAGAUGUGGAUGACACACAAACACAGUCCAAUUCUGAGACCUACUGGGAUACUGUUGAAAGUGAGAAUGGGGUUGAUGAGUCCAGUGUUCCCCUGCAAGUACGCUUGGAUAGCUAUAUGCUGGGGCCUUCUCUUUCCCAAGACCAGCUCUUUAGCAUUAUUGAUUUUUCACCAAACUGGGCAUAUGAAAACUCUGAAAUCAAGGUUCUGAUCACAGGAAGAUUCUUGAAGAGUCAACAAGCAGAAGCUUGUAAAUGGUCAUGUAUGUUUGGGGAAGUUGAAGUUCGUGCUGAGGUUAUAGCAGAUGGUGUUCUUCGUUGUUAUACACCCGUCCAUAAGGCUGGGAGGGUUCCAUUCUAUGUGACAUGUUCCAAUAGGCUAGCGUGUAGUGAAGUGAGGGAAUUUGAAUACCGAGUUGGCCAAAUUCCGGAUUAUGAUGCUAAAGAUGAUAACAGUGGCUGCACAAACGAUAUACUUAGUAUGCGGUUUGGAAAAUUGUUGUCUCUAAGCUCUACGUCUCCAACUUUUGAUCCCAACAGUCUGGCAGAGAAUUCGGUGUUGAUCAAUAAAAUUGAUUCAUUGCUGAAAAAUGACAAUGGUGAGUGGGACAGGAUGCUACAGCUUACCUCAGAUGAAGACUUUUCCUCGGAGAGAGUAGAGGAGCAGUUGCUUCAUCAGCUACUUAAAGAGAAGUUGCAUGUGUGGCUCUUACAGAAGCUGGCUGUUGGUGGGAAAGGCCCUAGUGUACUAGACGAGGAUGGCCAAGGUGUGUUACAUUUUGGAGCAGCUCUUGGCUAUGAUUGGGUCUUGCUGCCCACAAUAACUGCCGGAGUCAGUGUCAAUUUUCGUGAUGUGAAUGGAUGGACGGCUCUUCAUUGGGCAGCUUCUUGUGGCAGAGAACGCACAGUUGCUUCCCUCAUCUCUCUUGGUGCAGCUCCCGGAGCAUUAACAGAUCCAAGUACCAAAUACCCUACUGGCAGAACACCUGCAGACCUAGCUUCUGCAGAGGGCCACAAAGGAAUUGCUGGUUAUCUUGCAGAAUCUGCUUUGAGCGCCCACCUUUCAUCUCUUAAUUUGGACAUCAAGGAAGGCAAUAAUGCUGGGAUUUCAGGAGCCAAUGCAGUACAAACAGUUUCAGAACGAAUUGCAACUCCUAUCGGGAAUGGGGAUUUAACGGAUGGGCUUUCCCUGAGGGAUACUUUAACUGCUGUCUGUAAUGCCACCCAAGCUGCUGCUCGUAUUCAUCAAGUGUUCAGGGUAAAAUCUUUUCAGAGGAAGCAGUUGAAAGAAUAUGGUGGCAAUGAAUUUGGAAUUUCAGAUGAACAUGCACUGUCACUCAUUGCAGUGAAGUCACAUAAGCCAGGGAAACGUGAUGAGCAUGUUGAUGCUGCUGCAAUACGAAUUCAAAAUAAGUUCCGUAGUUGGAAGGGUAGAAAAGACUAUUUGAUAAUCCGACAACGUAUUGUCAAAAUUCAGGCUCAUGUAAGAGGCCACCAGGUGAGGAAAAACUACAGAAAGAUAGUGUGGUCCGUAGGAAUUGUAGAGAAGAUUAUUUUGCGUUGGAGACGAAAAGGAAGUGGAUUGCGUGGGUUCAAGUCAGAGCCACUUAUUGAGGGCCCCAGCAUACAAGUUUCAUCCUCGAAGGAUGAUGAUUAUGAUUUACUGAAAGAAGGAAGGAAGCAAAAUGAGGAAAGGUUGCAAAAGGCCCUUGCUAGGGUGAAGUCCAUGGUUCAAUAUCCUGAAGCAAGAGAUCAAUACCGUCGGCUACUUAAUGUUGUUACUGAGAUAAAGGAAACCAAGGUGGUAUGUGAUAGUGCUGCGAAUAGUUCAGAAGGGAGAGCUGAUAUGGAUGAUGAUCUCAUAGAUUUUGCAGAAUUGUUGGAUGAAGACAUUUUCAUGCCUACAGCAGGUCCAUAGUGAUCUCUGGUUAACCCUAUGAUAUCCUCUUGUAAAAUCUGCAGUGCAUUAGUAUCAGUACAUGCUUUGGCAUUUAAUUUAUUCACCGGUGGUCUAGAAGCAUGUUUUAAUGCUCUUGUAUAUGUUUAGAAAAUUUAUUUAUCUAAGAAAGUUAAACAUAAUGAGUUUAUGUUGUUAAUUUUUGUCCA